CAGAACAUGCUUUUCGAAAAAUUGAUCCCGAUUGUUGUUCAGCUCGGCGGAAUUUUUGGUACUGCCGAUUAAUUUAGAAAUUUAACCAAAUAAUCGAUCGAAGAAUUCAAUUUUAUCAAGUGAAAAGUGAAGCUAGGCGCCUAAGCAAUGUAUUAUGAAUGAAUAUUACUACCUGGAUAUCUCAUUGAAACUCGCCGACGAACCGGAUCAGCUGCUGCCCGUUUACUUCAAAAGUUGCCUGGAACGAUCUUUAACUAAAAUUUUCGGCGAAAUUGGAGGCCAAACCACGGUGGACGUUCUCAAAUUUGACGCCGCUCGAGCAAGAGCCAUAGUCAGAGUUCCAUCGGAUUUUUACGUAAAGUUUAGAGCGGCAACGACGCUUACCGGCCAAUUCCAGGACAUACCCUGUAAUUUCAUUGUGCAUAAAGCAAGCCCAAUCCUGCUGGGACUGACCGAGACCUAUUUGGAGUAUUUCAAAGCAAGUUAGGACGAUUUAAAGCGCUCUUUUAAAAGAUGUCCCUGUGUAAAAGCUUUGGUAAGGAUAAGGUGAUAUUUGCCACUGCCGAGGAUCAUGCGACGCCAAGCACUGUAGAACUGCCAGAACCGGAAGCCAGUCCCGGGCUGAUACUGGACAAUGGAGACAUCAACUGGAACUGUCCGUGCUUGGGCGGCAUGGCGACUGGACCUUGUGGAGUGGAGUUUCGUGAGGCUUUCUCUUGCUUUCACUAUAGUGAAGCACAACCCAAAGGAUCGGACUGUUACGACGCCUUCAAGACGAUGCAGGACUGUAUGGCCAACUACCCGGGGGUGUACAAACAGAACCUACAGGAUGAGGAAGAGGGCGGGAUGGAUUUGGGAGCCGUGUUGGACGAGGAUGAGGAGGACCCCGAUAAGCAAACGUUGAAGCAGGAAGCAACCAGUCAAGCAAGUCAUUCAGCUCCUGACGCUGGAUCGUCGACAGCGAUUGCACAAAAAGCGAAAUAGUGUAAAGACUUCAAAGAGUAGAACUUUAAUAAAUGUGUUGUUAAAAAGAUCCGGUA